AUGUUCCAUGGGUUUGCCUCGUCGGUGUGGCGGACUCCCUACCAGCAGCCUUCUGACAUUGCAGGCCCCGGGCAUGCAGCUUCGACAUUGCGCGGCUUUGCCAUCCAGGCCCGGGUCUCCCUGGCCCCCGGAGGUGGCAGCGAAGUGUCGGCCUACAGCGAGCCGAGCGGCGAGGGCGUUCGUGUGGAUGCGGCCCUUUACGCUGGGGGAAAGCCGAGCAUGCACUACGACCCGUUGGUUGGCAAGCUGAUCUGCUAUGCCCCUGGUGAAGGUGACGAGGCCUUCCAGGCCUGCCGGGAGCGGACUAUUUCAGCUUUGGACUCCUACGUCAUCGACGGGGUAAACACCAACAAGCCUGUGUUGCGCGGAAUCCUGCGGCAUCCCGAAUUCAUCAAAAACGAGGUGCUCCUCUCCUUCAUGGCCCGCCAUGGCCCAACCCUCGCCGGCAGCGCCGAUGCGGCUACGAGCAGCAGCCAGGCAUCGAAACCCGUGUCGCUGAAGCGCCAGGAGCUGUCGGUCUCAUCGCCGUUGGAGGCGACUGUGGUGCAGAGCUGCGUCCAAGAGGGGCAGGAGGUGGAGGAGGGACAGCUGCUGGUCUUGCUCUCUGCCAUGAAGCUGGAAACCGAGGUCCGCUCACCGCAUGCCGGGAAGGUUCUAAAAGUUUCUGCAGUCGCGAACAAGACAGUCAGCGCUGGUGAAGAUCUCGUGGUUCUGGACGCUUUGGUUCCCGAGGACGGGGAGGGCGCUGCUGCUGAGACGGCUGCGAUGGCAUCAACGAGCCGCGUGCGACUGGUGGGAUCUGCAAUGGCAGAUGCGACCUCCGUGUGGUACGGCAAGGAAGACGGUGUCAAGCCGUGCCAGGGCCCGACGUCAAGCAGUAUCCGACUGCCUGCGCCACGUCAUAAUGACGAGGCCUUCAUGAAGCGAACUGCUCACCACACUGCCCUGCUGGACCAGCUCAACGAGCGGUUACAGGUCGUCUAUGGAGGAGGAGGUGAGCAGUCAGUGGAGCAGCAUCAUGCUCGUGGCAAGGCUCUCCCACGAGAGCGCAUCAAAGCAGUCCUUGAUCCUGGAACAGACUUCCUGGAAUUCUCGGCCCUUGCAGCGAACGAUCUGUACGAUGGCAUGGCGCAUUCUGCGGGUAUUGUCACGGGCGUCGGCCUGGUGCACGGCAAGGAGGUCCUCUUCGUUGCAAACGAUGCCACCGUCAAAGGCGGAACCUACUACCCGAUGACGGUCAGCAAACACUUGAGGGCACAGCAAAUCGCAAUGGAGAACAACCUUCCUUGUGUUUAUCUUGUCGACAGUGGUGGCGCAUACCUUCCGCUGCAGGACGAGGUAUUCCCUGGGCGUCUCCACUUCGGUCGCAUCUUCUACAACCAGGCCCAAAUGUCUCGUCGUGGCUUGCCACAAAUCUCCGCGGUCCUUGGAUCGUGCACUGCGGGCGGCGCCUACGUCCCUGCAAUGUCAGACGAGAACAUCAUCGUCAAGGGCAAUGGCACCAUCUUCUUGGGCGGGCCGCCUCUAGUGAAAGCCUCCACAGGUGAGGUGGUCACUGCCGAGGAGCUUGGUGGUGCAGAUGUGCAUACCUCGAAGUCUGGCGUUGCAGAUCACUACGCGGAGAACGAACCGCAGGCCUUGGCCAUCUGCCGUGAGGUCUUAGCACACGUUGGCGAACCUACGCAUCCCAAGCAUCCGGAGGUGGAGCCAGAAGCCCCGCUCUUCGAUCCCAAGGAUCUUCUAGGGAUUAUCCCUGAAGACAAUUCCAAGGCCUUGGAAGUGCGCGAGAUCAUCACGCGAAUCGUGGACGGAUCGCGCUUUCACGAGUUCAAGCACAGGUUCGGUACCACUUUGGUGUGCGGUUUUGCGCAUAUUCAUGGCUACCCCGUUGGUAUUGUGGCCAACAACGGGAUCCUCUUUGGCGAGUCAGCCCAAAAGGGAGCACACUUCGUGCAGCUCUGCGGCCAGCGCCGGAUUCCAUUGUUGUUCUUGCAGAACAUCACCGGGUUCAUGGUGGGCAAGGCUUACGAGAACGGUGGCAUUGCACGAGACGGAGCCAAGAUGGUCAACGCCGUUGCGUGCGUGGAUGUGCCCAAGAUCACAGUGAUCAUUGCCGGGAGCCAUGGUGCCGGGAACUACGGUAUGUGUGGCCGCGCUUUUGACCCUCGCUUUCUCUUCAUGUGGCCCAAUGCUCGCAUCGGUGUGAUGGGUGGGUCGCAGGCGGCAGAGGUGCUCACCACUGUCAAGCAGGCACAGCUGAAGCGACAGGGCAAGCCCGAGAUGACCGAGCAGCAGCUGCAGGACUUCAAGCAGCCGAUUCUGGACAAGUAUGAGACGGAAGGCGCAUUUGCAGCCGAGCGCCCGGUGAAGUCUCCACUGGUGGCUUCGGCGUGUUCCGCAUGUGAGGUGAAGGAGUGCACCGAGCUUGAGGGCUCCACCCGCCGAUGUGCGGCACUGUGCAGACGCUUUCCCCUGCGAGCUGUUUGUGAUCGCACGGGCCAGAGCUGCGUCCGAAAAUUCGGUGGCAAUGGUUCAGAGCCAGCAUCGAAGCCUUUUGCAAUGUUGCCCUUCUCUUUCCUGCCAUGUCCAUGGACCGGUUUACGGGUAGAGUUACGAGUGGCUUCCGUAAGUUAG